GUGGGAAACAACGAUUGAAAACGGGCAGCUAUGCCGCGCGGUGCAGAAAACGAGCUGGACGCGUCCGCCUGGAACAACGGUCGGAGUACCGGAGGACUCACCCGGGGACUGCGGGACCGGGAGGCUGCUAAGAGGCGUUAACAGCGACUGUUUUCCCCGGGGAUAACCUCCUCCUGAAACCGCGGCGAAGGCAGCGGCGAGAACGGUCGACGAACCCGCUCCUUCUCUCCCCCACCUUUCCCUCUCCUCUCCUCCGCUUUUCGGCACCGCAAGAGAGACACACACACACACCGAGGCACCGGCAAUGUUGCUGCUAAACGUGUAGGAUUUAUCCCCCGGUUGUCCGUUUUGUUUUUGUAGCGACUGUAAAUAAAACCGCUCAGAGACGAUAAGCGACAACAGCGGGGUUCACUAUGGUUGUAUUGGCGGUCCGCAGUAGGAGAUGUGUUAAUAGCUGCUGUAUGGGGACGUUAUGCUUGCAGUUGUUGCUGUGGAUUUUAUGUGCCGUGAACGGAGAGGAGCAGCCGUUCAGUGUAGAGGCAUGGCUCCAGAGGUAUGGUUACCUCCCUUCUGCAGACCCCAGAAUGUCAGUGCUGCGUUCUGCUCGAGUCAUGCAGUCCGCUAUCGCUGCCAUGCAGCGCCGCUAUGGCCUCAAUGUCACAGGGACUCUGGACAGCAACACUAUAGACGAUAACACGAUAAGGUGGAUGAAGAGGCCCAGAUGUGGUGUUCCUGACCAGAUAGGUGGUGCAGCCAAAUUCAGUGUCAGGAAACGGCGGUACGCCCUAACAGGACAGAAGUGGCAACACAAACAUAUCACAUACAGCAUAAAGAACGUGACACCCAAAGUGGGUGCGGAGGAGACCCACGACGCCAUCCGGCGAGCCUUUGACGUUUGGCAAAACGUGACGCCGCUGCGCUUUGAGGCUGUGCCCUACAGCGAGCUGGAGAGGACCAAGAAAGACGUGGACAUCACCAUCAUCUUUGCUUCAGGUUUCCAUGGCGAUAGCUCGCCCUUUGACGGCGAGGGUGGCUUCCUGGCCCACGCCUACUUUCCAGGGCCGGGCAUUGGAGGCGACACACACUUUGACUCAGAUGAGCCGUGGACGCUGGGCAACCCCAACCAUGACGGUAACGAUUUGUUCCUGGUAGCGGUCCAUGAGCUCGGCCACGCACUGGGCCUCGAGCACUCCAACGACCCCACGGCCAUCAUGGCUCCUUUCUACCAGUACAUGGACACUGACAACUUUAAACUGCCCAUGGACGACCUCCUGGGCAUCCAGAAGAUUUAUGGGCCCCCUGAUAAGAUUCCCCAGCCCACCAAGCCUUUGCCGACGGCGCCCCCUCCCCGCUCCCAUCCUCCUUCAGACCCCCGCAAGCCAGACAGGCAGACACGACCUCCGAGGCUGCCCCCAGGAGAUAGACCGUCCCACCCUAAUGCUAAACCCAACAUCUGCGAUGGAGGCUUCAACACCCUCGCCAUACUGAGGAGAGAGAUGUUUGUCUUCAAGGACCACUGGUUUUGGCGGGUGAGAGAUAACUCUGUAAUGCCAGGAUACCCCAUGCUCAUCAGCGUUUUCUGGAGGGGCCUGCCACCCAAGAUAGAUGCCGUCUACGAGAACAGUGAGGGCAAGUUCGUCUUCUUCAAAGGGAAGCAGUUCUGGGUGUUUAAGGACACGGUGUUGCAGUCUGGAUACCCCAAGGACAUCACCCAGUUUGGCCACGGGAUGCCGGCCCAGAGCAUUGAGACCGCUGUGUGGUGGGAGGAUGUGGCCAAGACCUACUUCUUUAAAGGGGACAGGUACUGGCGCUACAAUGAGGAAAUGAGAACCAUGGACCCUGGCUAUCCCAAGCCCAUCACAGUGUGGAGAGGUGUGCCUGAUUCGCCGCAGGGAGCCUUCGUCGACAAAGCCAAUGGUUUCACCUACUUCUACAAGGGUAAGGAGUACUGGAAGUUCAACAAUCAGUUCCUCAGAGUGGAGCCAGGCUACCCGCGUUCCAUCCUCAAGGACUUCAUGGGCUGCGAGCUGACGCCCAUUGACCCCGCCCGGCCGCCAGGCGACGACGGCAACACAGACGUGGUGAUCGAGCUGGACAACGAGGCGAACACGGUGAAGGCCAUCGCCAUCGUCAUCCCCUGCGUGCUCGCGCUGUGUCUGCUGGUGCUGAUCUACACCGUGGUUCAGUUCAAGAGGAAGGGCACGCCACGCCACAUACUGUACUGCAAACGCUCCAUGCAGGAAUGGGUCUGAAACAUCGGAACGAGAUGAGAAGGUGGGGGAGCAGAAGAGACAGGUGAAAACAGGACAACAGCCCCCACUUUCACAGAGGAGGAAAGUGGACUUUGGACAUCUUUAGUGAAAACACACAGCCACACCUCCUCCUUUUGGGUGGUCUGAUACCUUCGAUCAGACCCACAAAAACAGCCAGACAGCCUGUUGGCGGCCCCUCGCGCAUAAGGUGACCCACAGGACUUAAAGUUGACUCCGCUAACCCCUAGCCUUUUUAACAAACAGGGGAGCAGAGGGACAGUUUGUGGGGGAUCUUUGCCUGAAAUGACCUUCAGUCCCAGUCAAAAAAAAAAAAAAAAGGAGGGUCGGCAUCACUUUGUAUCUCAGAAACUUGACUUCCUAUCCCAUUCCUUUUUUUUUUCUUUGCCCAACUGCUCUUAAUCAGAAGGAUGACUUUCGGGGGGACACGCACUCUUCCCACAGGGCACUGCAUUGUCAUCUGUCAUAUCAGGUUGUUGAUAAAACAAGAUUUUCUAUGUUCUGAUCUGGGUGCCCCCCCCCGCCCGCUUCAUACUGCGCUCGAAAGAAGAACUGUCUCAGAUAAACUCAAGUUAAUCACAUUACCAAUCUUCAAUCCCUUUUCUGUUCUUUCAUUUUUUUAUUUGAAUUGCUUUAGAAAGGAGGUCCUCACUGUUCCCUUUAACACGCUCCUGAGGAAGAGACCAAACUAAACCAAAUAAAAUCAAUUUCUCUCCAAAGUGGAUCACUUUUUCUUUGGCUUUCUUUUUCUUUCUUUCUUUUUUGUUCUCAUUUCAGUUCAUCCUUUCUUCUCUUCUCUGGAUCCAUGCAGUGAUUAAGAGUCGGGGAGCUCUGACUGUUGUGGCAGUCUGUUUGAGACACAGGGGCCAAAUUAUUCUGCAAUAUUUUAACUCGCCUUAAUUAUAGAUCAUACUAUUUGUGCUUGGUUUUGCUGUUCUUGGAGUUGUUGUUUUCUCUUUUUUUAUUUGUAUACCGCUUUUGUUUUUGUUUGUUUGUUUGUAACAGAAGCUAAUUGUGAGCUUCCUGUGAUUGUUUUUCCUGGAUUUUAUUACGUUACCCAGAAUCCUCAGCACUGGCUUGCUGAGCCACUCUGGACAGAAUAUACAGUAGGGUCAGCCUGUAUUGAGAGUAAUGUAUUGUAUCAUAAAAAGAUGUCGGAAGGUUCUGGAGUCAAGCCACUAUUUUUGUGUGUUAAAAUAUUUGUUACUGUUACUUUUAUCAUUUCCAUACGACAGACAUCAGGCUAAUUAUGAGCCUCAGAGUUUUUGUUAUUGGAUUUGCCGAUGUUAUUUUUUGUCCUUGGCCCAUAUCCCCCCUCGGUUUUAAAGAAGUGUGCAUCCAAAAUGGUCAUUCUGUAUGAUUAUUUGUGAAUGGACAGACCAUUUUUUUAAACGAAUCCUGUUGACUGCCUUGUUUGAGAGAGCUCACAGUUCCAAGAAUGCUCUUGUCUCCUGACUGAGGACCCACAAAGUGAGACACCAAGUCAAGAUCAGUGCCUGUGUCAACGUGCAUGCAAGCAUUUACAUACUGUACAUCCAACCGGUUCUGCUCAACGUGGCUUUGGAACCCCUCAAACGCUGAGGAGGAAGUUCUCUCUUGAAAAUACUUGUUCGCAUUUAUUUUUGUACAUUUUAAGUGUACCCCAACCCCCCCCUCCCCCUUCCCUAACCUCCAGGUACAAUUAAAUCUAAGAAAAAAACUUUUAAAAGAUUCAAGUGGUACAUUUGGGAAUUCUUUGGGAAAUCCAAUGGGUGAUUGGAAUAUCAAAUUGGCCUCAACAAACCAAACAACGGUUAGCAAACAUGUAGUGUCCUCGCUGUCAUGGCGAGCAGUCUUUGAAUGUGUGUCUGUUGUCAUGAUCACAUACUGGUUUUUCCUUUCUUUCCUGUUUUCUGGUCAAAACAAAUUGGACAUCUCACCAUGACUUCUUUGUGUAAGACUUUGGGACAACGGAGAAACGUUUCCUGACAGAAUGAAUAAAUUGAUCAAUAUAUGAUUAA